AUGCCAACAAUCAGUUGUGAUAGCAAAUAUCUUUUCAAAUUAAUUGGAAAAGAAUUUACUGAAAAAGAAUUCGACGAAGUAUGUUUCCAAUAUGGAAUUGAACUUGAUGAUGUUGUUGAAGAAGAUGGGAAAACAAUAUAUAAAAUUGAAGUUGGAGCAAAUAGAUAUGAUUUAUUAUGUGUAGAAGGAAUUGCCAUUUGUUUAAAAACAUUUUUAAAAAUGAAAGAAUUUCCAAAAUAUACAGUGAAAUCAAGUGGAAUUCAAAUUCAUGUUGGUAAAGAUGUAGAAAAAGUUAGACCAAUUUGUAUGGGUGCAGUAUUAAGAGGAAUUACAUUUACAGAAGAAAGUUAUAAGAGUUUUAUUGAUUUUCAAGAUAAAUUACAUCUUACAAUAGGAAAGAAGAGAAGUUUAGUUGCAAUAGGAACACAUGAUUUAUCAACAAUAGUUCCACCAUUUAGAUAUGUUGCAAUGAAACCAGAAGAAAUUAAAUUUGAACCAUUAAAAUGUGAUCAUGAAAUGACAGGAAAUGAAGUUAUUGAACAUUUUUCAAAUGAUCUUAAAUUAAAAGAGUAUGUUCCAUUGUUACAAGGAAAAGAAGUUUAUCCAGUCUUUUUAGAUAGUAAAAAUGUAAUUCUUUCACUUCCACCUUUAAUUAAUGGAAAUCAUUCUAAAAUUACAUUAAAUACACAUGACGUAUUUAUUGAUAUUACUGGAAUGGAUAAAACUAAAGUUAUGAUGGCACUUCAAACUAUUGUUACAUGCUUUUCUCUUUAUACUUCAACUCCAUUUGAAAUAGAAACAGUAGAAAUUGUUGGAGGACCAAUGAAUGAAUUUGACGAUAAAAAAUCAAUUUAUACACCAACAUUAGAAGAACAACAUAUGAAAGUAACAAAGAAUUAUUUAAAUCAGUCAUUAGGAUUAGAAUUAAAAGAUGAAGAAAUUACAGAAUUAUUACAUAAAAUGGGAAUUCAAUAUUCUAAUGGAGAAGCUAUUAUUCCACCAAUGAGAACAGACGUAAUGCAUCCAUGUGAUAUUAUGGAAGAUCUUGCUAUUUCAUAUGGAUUUAAUAAUCUUCAUGCUUCAAAUACUAUUAGUAGAACAUGUGGUAAAGAAUUAUUACAAAAUAAAUUAAAGGAUUUAUUAGCUGAUGAAAUUGCAUAUGCAGGAUAUACUGAAGUUAUUACUUUUGUAUUAAUGUCAAUAGCUGAUGCAGCUACAAAUUUAAGAAGACCAGAAGAAGGAUUAAUUAAAUUAAAAGAUUCAAAAACACUUGAAUUCCAAACAGCAAGAAAAAGUUUAUUAUCAGGAAUGAUGAAAUGUUUAUAUUAUAAUAAAGCAUAUCCAAUGCCAAUUAGAAUGUUUGAAGUUGGUGAUACUGUCUCAUUAAAAGAAGGUAGUUUAACAGGAGCAGUUAAUAGACAACAAGUAUGUGCUCUAGUCUGUUCUCCAACUGGAUUAAUGGAAGAAAUUCAUGGGUUAUUAGAUAAAAUUAUGUUCUGUUAUGGUAUUGGAUAUAAAAACCCAAGAAAAGAAGGUGGACCACAUUAUGACAUUGUCCCUGGUAAUGACCCUGCUUACAUGGAAGGAAGAAGAGCUGAUAUCAUGAUUAAUGGAGUUAAAUAUGGUAUGUUUGGUGUAUUACAUCCUGAAGUACUUAAAAACUUUGAAGUUGAUAACCCUGUUGUUGCAUUGGAACUUUAUCUUGAUUUCCCUAAUGGACUUUAA